AUGAAUGCCACAGAGACAGAAUCACAACUAACGUCGUCACGGAUUCAGGCUCUACCUGAUGACGUAGUAAACAAAAUCGCCGCUGGUGAGGUCAUCCAGCGUCCCUGCAACGCUGUUAAGGAACUGAUAGAGAAUAGCCUCGAUGCCGAUAGCACCAUGAUCCAGAUUAACCUUCGUGGAGGUGGAUUGAAGAUGAUUCAAGUACAGGACGACGGUCACGGUAUUAACCCUAGCGAUUUACCAAUCCUCUGCCAUCGCUUUACAACUAGCAAACUUCAGAAUUUCGAGGGCCUUUCGAAGUUGCAAACAUUUGGUUUCCGAGGUGAGGCGCUGGCCAGCCUAAGCUACGCGGCCUUUCGUCUCACAGUGACUUCACGACCCCCAGGUCGGAGUUGUGCCUACCGUGCAGAGUAUAGUCAAGGUGCACUCUCCGCUUCCACUCCCACACCUUGCGCCUGUGCCGGCAACCCUGGGACUUGCAUCCAAGCUGAAGACCUCUUCUACAAUCUUCCCUCCCGUCGCGAGGCCCUUCGUUCCUCACGGGAGGAAUUUAUGCGAGUUGCCGAGGUGGUUACCAGGUAUUGUGAACUGCUUGUGUUGGAGGAGAUUUGUGAAGACGGUGUCCCUCGCCGCAGCGGUAAAUGUGGUUUCUUUCUGCGUUCACUCGACCGCAAAGCGGGUCCUGGAACUGGUCCUAUGUCUCUUGGAGGCGACCUUCGAAUCUCAAAAGACUGGGACAAAGUACACGUUAUUCGUGCCAUAUUUGGCGAAAAGGUUACAGGUGACAUCUUACCCCUAUCACACGAUCAGGACUUCGAUUCUGCCUCCGUCCGCCUCAUAAUCGCUACCGAUAUUGAUGUUAACAAUCGUGCCUUGUUACCUGUUUGCAUUCUCAUCGCAGAGGGCACGCCGUCAGUCCAAUUAGUGCUCUUUAUAAACAACCGGCUGGUUGAAUGCGCCUCUUUGAGGAGGGCCGUGGAGGCGGCAUACGCGGCUCUUCUACCACACCGAGCUGCUCAGAUUUAUGUUAGCCACGCACUCCCAGCCAUGGCCACUUCCUCCGCUGCCUCCUUGUUUGCCUACUUGAGUUUGGAAAUGCCUACGGCAUCGUUGGACGUUAAUGUGCAUCCAACCAAGAACCAGGUUCACUUUCUUUACGAAGAUGAAGUGGCUGCAGGGAUUCAAAAUGCCAUCGAACAAUCUCUGCAGCGCUCCUCUGGUUCUCGGAAUAUUCUCUUUCGCUCCCUUUUGCUCAAGGAUUGUCAGGACGACCAAGGAUCUCCUCCACCUCUUUCGCUUUCUCGUUCAACCUUUACCACUCCCACUCGCACCCCUUCCCCAACGUUCCGAACUGCGACCUCCUCCCCCAGUCCUCUUCUUGCCACUUCUACUUAUCGACCCGAGCGACUGGUCCGCACAGAUGCUCGUGAUCGGCGUCUAGAAGCCUUCCUCAAUCCUUCUCGCGCAUCUCUCCAGAUUCCACGAUCAGUCAGUCCUGAUGUCAUUUCUGACACUGAAGUCUCUCUUCCCAAAUCGGCCGAACUGGUCUCGAGGUCUUCCUACCUACAGACUAGCGAUACAGUCACGAUGUCUACGACAUCCCUUUCUGAUGAAUUACGACUGCAAAAGGCAAGAAGGCCAGUGUUACUUGAAUCAGUGUUAACAAUGAGAGAAGCAAUAGAGGCCAGAGCCUCUGCAGAUGCGCGUUCUCUACUGCGCGAAUGUGUCUUUGUGGGUUGCGUCAGUCGCUCCAACUGUCUUGUCCAGCAGUCCACAAACUUGCUUCUCAUGCGGCUUCAUCCCCUCGUGAGAGAGCUUUUCUACCAAUUGAUGGUGGCCAAUUUCGCAAAUCAUGGAGAGAUAUCGUUAUCCACACCAGCACCAGUCCGUGUUCUGCUAAGUUUAGGAUUGAAAAGGGCUUUUUCAUCGACAUCGCCAAGUAAAAUCGCAGCCAUCGUAGACAAAGGUUGCUCCAUUCUUGAAAAGCGGAGUGCCAUGUUGUGGGACUACUUUUCCAUGAAGUUGGAUACUGAUGGAUAUGGUGUCCUGCAACUCUACACAAUCCCAUUUUUACUCAAUCAUUUUAUUCCAGAUAUGCGGCAUCUUCCUACAUUCCUGGCCCGGUUAGUUAGAGAGGUUAACUGGAAUGAGGAAGGAGCUUGCUUUUCUGGCAUUUGUCGGAUCACAGCAAGCUUUUAUGCUAAAAGAGUGAAGGAUGCGGUGAAACUGAAGCCGACAGUGGGUGAGAGGUGUGAAUCCGUUUCGGCAAAUUCCUCGGACUCUUCACUAAAUGAAUCGGAGGAAAAGAGUGAGGGAGACGUGGGAGGGGAACCAAUAGAAUUUAUCGUUUCCGUGGCCAUAUUGGAUACGUUGACCAUCCGUUUCCCCAUUCAGGUCAGUUUAAAUCUGUCGGUGGUGUGCGCGUGUUGUGUGUCUUCCAUGCUUCCAAUCAGCGUUGCGGGAGCGUGCGCACUGAUGGUGGAUGAAUUCCGGCAUCAGCAACGUCGCUACGGUAGGCUGAGUGAGUCGUCUAGAAGUGAUGAUGCCGGCGAUACGCCAAAUAAUUCUGGAAGCUUCGAACAAAGCUAUGUCUGCAGGUCGGAGAAGUCUCGCAAGCAGAACAUACGGGAGCUGCGCGAUGACUUUGAUUAUGAUCCUGAGCUCUACGGGAUAAGGCGUUCCGAGAGGGGUCGCAAGUCUUCGGUGCGGCUCGUGGUCGAUCGUGACGAUUCUUCAGGUCGACAGUCCUCCAUAGCACAGGAAUCUGGCUCUGAUUCAGAGUCAGAGGAGGACGAGAGUUCGUCCGAAACCAGUUCCAACCGGGAGUCCUACCGUGUUAGUGCUGGUAGAAUUUCGGGUCGGACACGUGGUUGUAGGGUCAACUAUACCAGCGCUUUCAAAGAUGCGAGUGAGUCCGACGAUGAGGCUUCUUAUCGGCGCCAGAAUGGAAGUUCAACCGAUAACCGUGCCCACCGCGGUCCGCCGGCAGCGAAUCUCAAUAGAAACCAGUACGCUCUCCCUCAGAAACCUCGAGGUCCUCUGAUAAGGAUAUCUGGGAAGGUGCCCGAAAGAUAUUUCAAUUUGGAGGGGGCACGGCAAGUGGACACCUCAGACGCGGAGUCAUACGCGCCUCAUCAUGGGCACUCGUCAAACGAGUCGUCGGUUGAUGAUUCGCGGUCAGCUCAAGUCUCAUACACGGUUGCUGAGGCUGGGCAGCAGGAGGUUGAUGUAAUUGAGGAAGUCCUCAACCAGGCCGUGCGUCGCGUUGGUGCCACAGGAAACUCAACUACGUUAUAUAACUCCCGUCUGGAGAAGGACCCAAACGAGGGCUUCGAUCCGGCGAAGGAGAAAGGCGAAAUGCAGUACCUUAUAAAGUGGCGCUCAUGGAGCCAUAUCCAUUCUACAUGGGAGACGGAGGCAUCACUGACUAGCCCUGAUCGAGGUUUCCCUGUUGAUGGGAUGAAGCGUCUCCGUGCCUAUCAGUCUAUGAUCGAAGAGAGGAAGGCUCGUGAGGAAGUGGCUAGUCGUGACGAAUUGGAGGCCUUGCUUUACGAAGAUGAACGCAACGAGCUUAUACUGUCAGAGAAGAUGGAAGUGGAUCGGGUUGUCGCUCAUAGUCGUGACAAGAAGAAGGGCACUGUAGACUACUUGUGCAAGUGGCGUCGACUCGAUUAUCGUUUCUGCACAUGGGAGUGUGGUCAAGUGAUUGACUUCCUCUUUCCAGAAGCAAUUGAAGCCUAUCAUAGAAGGUGCAAUUCCACGACAUUGCCUAAUUCACGUCAUGCAGCGCUUACGGAUCGACCUCGAUUCGCUCGUAUUUUGGAACAACCUAGCUAUAUUGGAGGUGGAAGUCCAGAUCUGCGUUUGCGUGAUUAUCAAUUAAAGGGUCUUAAUUGGAUAGCACAUGCCUGGACUCGUGGUAACAGCGUCAUUCUCGCUGACGAAAUGGGUCUGGGAAAGACUGUUCAGGCGGUUAGUUUCCUAUCUUACCUCUUCCACGAGUACGGCAUCUAUGGGCCUUUUCUCAUCGUUGUUCCUUUGAGUACCAUCAGUAGUUGGCAAAAGGAGAUCGAGUCGUGGUCGCCAGGUCUCAAUCUAAUCGUGUACGUAGGUGAUCACGUUUCGCGCCAGUUCAUCCGUGAGCAUGAGUGGUCGCGAGCGGCCGGAGUCGGUGGACGGCGGCAGCAGAUGCUUAAGUUUAACAUUUGCAUGACUACUUAUGAGAUACUACUGAAAGAUAGGUCAUGGCUUGGGCAAGUUUCGUGGGCUGCAUUGGUGGUAGAUGAGGCUCAUCGGUUGAAGAAUGAUGCCAGUCAGUUGUACAAAGCUCUCUCCUCCUUCGAUACCAACACCAGAUUGUUGAUUACUGGGACGCCCCUCCAAAAUUCUCUCAAAGAACUAUGGUCUCUGCUUCACUUCCUGAUGCCGGGGCAUUUCGACGAUUGGGAGGAGUUCGAGGAUAACUACAGCCUUCAAGGACAGGCUUCUUCGUCUGCUGGAUACGAGGCUGUCACCCGUUUGCAUCGCACUAUUGAGCCCUUUCUGUUGCGCCGAGUGAAGAAAGAUGUAGAACAGUCCUUACCUGCAAAGACAGAACGAAUUCUUCGAGUGGAAAUGUCUAAGAAACAAGCAACACUUUAUCGCCUUAUACUUACGCGCAACUACGACGGUCUCAUGAAAGUUACUCAUGGCCAUAAAGCGUCGUUCAUCAACAUUAUGAUGGAACUGAAGAAGUGCUGCAAUCACGCAAACCUUAUUGCCCCUCCCGCUGGAGAGGAUCAGUUUCAGUCGAGUGGGGAGGCUCUUCGAGAUCUCAUCAGAGGAAGUGGGAAACUUAUGCUCCUUGAUAAGUUGUUGCAAAGGCUUAGACCCCAGGGUCAUCGUGUUCUCAUAUUUAGCCAGAUGGUGCGCAUGCUGGACAUAAUUGCAGAAUACUUGCAGUUUCGUGGAUGGGGUUUCCAGCGUCUGGAUGGAUCGAUUCGUGGUGAAUUGCGGAAGCAAGCUCUUGAUCACUUUAACGCUGAUGGUUCCACCGACUUCUGUUUUCUCUUGUCAACACGUGCUGGUGGUCUCGGUAUAAACCUUGCGACAGCUGAUACGGUUGUUAUCUUUGAUUCCGAUUGGAACCCUCAGAAUGACAUCCAAGCACAAGCUCGCGCCCAUCGUAUUGGGCAAACAAAGCAAGUCUCCGUCUAUCGGCUGGUUGUGAAAGAUUCGGUUGAAGAGAAGAUUAUUGAAAGUGCCACACGGAAAAUGCUGCUCGAUCACUUAGUUAUCCAACGUAUGGAUUCUGCAGGCAAUCGUGGUGGGAAUGCUCGCAAAUCUGACGCGAAAGGUCAGGUUCUUACUGAGAUUUUACGCCACGGUGCUGAGAGCAUCUUUAAGCAAAACGAUGAAGAAACUGCUGAGGUGGAAGUUGACAUCGAUGAUAUUUUAAAUCGUGCUGAAACGAGAGAUGCUGAUGCGGAGGAAGAUCCUUAUAAUCCGGCCAAUGUUCUCCUAUCCACGUUCAAUGUUGUAACCUUUGAUCAAUCGGAGCAAGACGACGCAAAGCCGGUUCAGAUUGAUUCCUCAGGUAAAUCAUCAAAGCCCUGGUCGGAAAUCAUUCCUGAAGAGAUGCGGGAGAACUUGAAGCAAGUGGAGAGUCAGGAAGCCCUUCUUGAUCUUGAAUUGGGGCCUCGAAGGCGGAAACAGGUGAGGACUUUUCAGGCCGGCCUAGAUAACGACAAUUACUCGAGCAGCAGCCCUUCUGGUAGCGAUCGCAAUGGGAAGAGACUCGUUCAGCUGUCGGACAAGGAAGUGCGUGCUCUUGUUAGGGCGAUGAAGCGGUUUGCUCGUCCACUUGAGCGAAUAGAGGCGAUUAUGGCCGAAGCUGAGCUGCCCUCCCGAACGAACGAUGAGGUGCGCGAAAUAGUGGAAACAAUAAUAAAUGGCUGCAAGGCUGCAAUCGAGUCAGCUCCGGAGGAUGAGGAUAGUUCGAAACAGAAGGGCCCAAUGUAUUACUACGGGAAGGUAGGAAUUCCGUCGAGGACCCUGCUUCUUAGUCUAAGUCACUUGGAGAUUUUGCAUAAGGUGCUGCCGAAGACCUCGAAGGAAGAUCGGUUAAACUAUGAUCUUCCAUUUCCUACUCGGGAUGUUAAUUGGUCUACGCCAUGGAGUUCUACAGAUGACGCUCAUCUUCUUGUUGGUGUGUACGAACACGGCUAUGAUAACUGGGAGGCCAUAAAGCUGGAUGCCGAUCUUGGUCUUGGUUCAAAGUUACUUCCGUUGGCAGCAAAUGAACGACCUCAAGCAAGCCAUGUUCGCGCACGGGUUGAGUAUCUGCUCAAGGCGUUAAGAAAGCACUGCGCCAAAGAUAGCUGUGAGGACUCUCAGAAAGGUGCCCCUCGUCGUCAUCAUAAUAAGUCCUCCAAAGAGCAUAAGAAGAAGCACUCUAAACGUCUUUUAGGCUAUACUCAUUCCAAAGAGUCUUCAAGACCCGGUAUAAAACCCAAGUCGGCAGAGUUCGUUGAAUCUGACGACAGUUCGUCAGGUUCUGAUGGGGCAGUUGGCGAUGCUGACACGACUUCAACUUCAGCUGUACCACCGUUGCGCAUAAAGAAGACUCCUCAGAAACGGCAUUUAAAAGUAGAGAAUGUAGAUGAUCGACCGUUAGCGAAGAAGGCCAAGUUGGUAGAUGAAAAGGUUAAGCAUGAACCCAUCCACAGCUCAACAAGUCGGAAUCCUACUUCUUUUACGAAGCAGGAGGAGGAAGAGUUCCGUCAAAUGCGUGGCUCUCUUUUUCUCAAGUGUAAACAGCAUCUCCACCCAAUUAAGAAACUGUUUAAGCAACUGGAACUUCUUGAGAAUCAUGGGGUUACCGAAGGUGAGAAAUUUGACAGGGUGAUGCUUGGCAUCGGUGAGCAUAUUCGGACGUUGGUAGGUGACAUCGAGGACCGAGAAGAGCGUCAUACUUGGAGACAUCUUUACUGGGAAUUUGUGCAGAAUUUCUCUGAAAAAGAUGCAUUUCAGCUGGAGCAGGCUUAUAGUGUAGCGCGGAAGAGUGAGUGGGUAAAGCAGGAACCAUCCUCCGCUAGGCCCUACGAAAGAAGUCGGGAUGCACAAGAUCGUAAGGAACACGACCACCGGCACCAUCGCCAUAGGCACCGAAAUCAGGAAAGUCAAUACUCACAUCGCGAUGAUUUCAUUAGUGGUAGGGAUAGUGAUAAGCCAAUAGACCGUCAUCGCAGCCGUUCUCACCAUCGGCACAGCAGUGAUGCAGCCCGUCCGGAGAAUCUUAACGCUAGCAGUAGUGUUGCAGGCGUCAGUGGCAACUGCACUCCCCAUAGGGGUUCUUCUAGCACUCUUGAUAAACGGUUCAGCGGGGAUUGGUCUACUCGUAGAAAUCUCAACAAUGCAAACGAAAGAUCGCUGAAGCGUCGCGUUAAUCGAAAUGAUUGGUCUGGCAGCUCGGGAAACCUUAACGCCGAUCGAUAUAACAAUGCAUUCAAUCGACCCAGCUCCGGUUUCUCUGAUGCCUUCAACAACCCUGACAUGCGUAAUUUCCAAGGCCCUCGCGAUCACAAUCCCAAUUCUACCUCUAGCAGCAUCCCUCCCCCUUAUCCUUUCCAGCCUCCUUUAUCCUCCCAGUUUUCGUGGCAGGAGCAGAAGUCGGGUCCGUUGCUCUCCUCUCCACCUUCCAUGAGUGGCAGCAGCAUUAUCCCCCCACCGAUUGUGUCUCCACCUUCCUCUUCAUCUCGCGAUCCCCGAUUGUUUCACAAUCGUCAGUAG